AUGAACUCUGAAAAAUCUUCCAAACCAGUUAGCGCUAUUCAAGACAUUUGGGAUGAUGAGCGUCAAAUUAUAGAAGAUGAUGACUGAUCCCCACAGCUUCCAAAGAUGACUAAACAGUUUUCAAACACCCUUAAGAACAACAAGGGUAAGGCUAACAAAGAUGAUUUUAAGCCUGUUAUCUGGAACACAAGUCCAGAAGGAUAUGCUUUCGAACCAAUUCAUCAUGUGCAUAUAGCGCAAGGAACUAAAAAUGAUGAAAUCAGGAUCAAAUAUAGGCAGAGAUGCAAUAGAACGAAGCCAAGGACUUAUGAUUUGAGUCUAUCCCAGAAAUGGGCUUGCUGAACUAUUGGCAAGAAGGCUAAUAAGUCUCUAAGAAGGAUCCCUUCCAGCGAUAUCCUUCGCAAUCUGCUGACUUAGCUAUAAGGCUAAGACCCAAUAUUAACUC